AUGGAACUCUUUUCCAGUCUCAGAGAAGACGCACAGGCUGCGAAACUCAAGGCAAUCAUUGACAAGACUUCGACUGCUCGGCUCUACGUCCAAGUCGAAGAAAAGACCGCAGUGGCGUAUUCGUCUCUAAAUGCUGAGAUUGAGAACAUUGCGGAAGCAUACGUUGACAGGGAGGCCAAACCGCAAAAGUUCCAGAAAGCACUCGAUCGAUUCACGAAGUCGGCCGGCAAUUUGCUACCGAACGUAGAUGAGGUCUACGCCCAGCUUUUCGAGGGUGAUGCGCAGGGAGGGUCGUGGGUUGGGGAUGACCCAUCUCUGGAGCAAAUGAAGAGUAUGCAUGAUGAUGAGAUCAGAGUCCGUAAUAGCUAG